UUCUGCGUGGUGAAAAGAAAAAACUAACUGCACGAUAUAUUACUCACGAAAUCCUGUGAUGUCUGGAUUCAAUUUAUGGGAUUAUGUUCAUAGUGAAAUUAGUGAGUUGAUAGACUGGUCAAAAUGCGGCGACUCUUGUGCGAGCAUAAUUCCAACUGUACUAUGGGCGAUAGGCGCAGGACUGCUAGCUCAUCGUUUGCUUUCUGCGCUUUUCAGAAGGUUCCUUUUCAGAAGAGUUCCACUCUGGGAAAUUGUACUUCAGAAUCUACUGUUCAUCUGGAUGGUGAUUUAUAGUAUCCACUUCUGGAAUUUACUCGUCAAAAUAUUAAAAGUCUUAAUCACGUUCUUUUAUGACGAUGACAGUAUGUCAACGGAAGAAACGGAGACGCGCAAGAUGAUGUUACAAUGGGUGAUCUGGAUGUGUGGGAUGUUACCAUUGGCUUUCUACAUCCACACGCAGCCAAGACCUGAAAACCCCCCACUAAUGAUAUGGAUAACGACAAGUCCCUGGAUGCGCCGCGAAAUGGGGCCAUACGGAUAUUAUUUGAACCGACCACUGUCGUCUCUCCAGUCGUCCACGAACGUCGCCAACAGACGCCAAGUGCUGACCCUGCGGCGCGCCUUCUCAGACUCGAAAGUCGUGCUCAAAGAGCCCGCCAAAAAGAAACGUCACUCAAAGUCUGUAUAACCCAAAACGUAGUGUAAUAAAUAUGUGGCAG